AUGGCCGCGAUACCGCUGGACUAUCGGUUACUUUGCCCUGCCUAUGGGCAAGAGCUUAAUGAAGCCCUUGAAGCAACACGCGAAUUUUUCCAUAUCCUGACAAUUCUACCAGUUCAACCAGCUGGGGCACUGCAAGCGUUGUUUGCCCACGGGUCGCCACUGGUGUUGGCGGAGGCUCUGGCGCUCGGUGCCGCGCUUGUAUGCUGGCUACUCUACGUAGUGACUCGAAAUUGUUCUCAUGUCGACCGCAUGUGGUCCAUCCUGCCGCCCAUCUACGUGGCCAUCUUCGCACGGAAGGACCUGGCAGCUGCGCUGGCUGCCGUACGCCAUACGAUAAAAGCUCAGAGUACGACUGGAACCGGAUCCAACAUCACCAGCUUGCUGACCGCUGUUGGUUCUGCUAUUGCCGGAUCUGGCGCUGACCCGCGGUUGCUUCUUGCCACCGCUCUGGCGACGGCUUGGGGCUGCCGCCUGACCUUCAACUUCUGGCGCAGAGGCGGCUACAAUCCGCGGUUUGAGGACCACAGAUGGCCCGAAGCUCGUAAGAUCAUGCACCCGGUAUUUUUCGAGGUCUUCAAUCUGGUCUUCGUCGCAUUUGCACAGCAUGCACUGUGUCUGUCUCUGUCCCUGCCCGCGUUCGUGGCGGCGACGCUAGGCCGCAAAGAGCCCGGCGCACCGCCGGUGCCUCUGGGCCCCAUCGACCUGGCUGCAGCCGCCGCCUUCGCGCUGUUCUGCCUGGGAGAGACGCUGGCUGAUGAGCAGCAGUGGGCCUUUCAGAAGCGGAAGUACGAGCUGAUCGCGAGCCGGCUGCCCCGGGAGGGGGACUUUAAGCGCGGCUUUCGGACUUCGGGAUUGUUCCGAUACUCCCGGCAUCCCAACUUUUUCUGCGAGUACAGCUUGUGGUGGUGCUUCUACCUGCUGUGCGCCGCGCUGCCGGCCCGCUGCCUGCUGGGCUGGGCGGCGGUGGGUCCUGUGGGCCUUACGAUAUUGUUGCACGCGGGGUCGCUUUGGAUCACGGAGCGGAUCAGCGCCUCCAAGUACCCCGACUACGCCACCUACCAGACCACCACCAGCGCCAUCGUGCCAUGGUGCCCGGGUCCACGGCUGGGGCCGCCAGCGAGUGAUUGA